UAGGGUUUCCACAAAAAGAGGCCUAAAGUUAUAGAAAGAGAAAAUAAGGAAAAAAAAAGAGAGGGAAAAUUUUAGGGUUCUUCUUGUUCUUAAUAAAAAUAUAUAAAAAAAAGGAAAAUCCUUCUUCUUCCUCACUGAUUUUUCUUUUUCUCGAUCCGUUAAAACGCUGUGUUCUUUUUUGGGGGUGAGGAUUUAAGCUAGGGUUUUCUGCUUGACUGGAUCUGUAGAUCCGAGAUCCGAACCGAAUUUCAAGUUCAAAUUUGGUUAUUUGGAAGAAAUAUGGAAGACGGGAAGCGUUCAGUUACAACUUCCAACAGCACUGAUGGUGAUGCCAUUGAAGCUAGGUUCACUGCCUUGUGCAAGAAUGGAUUAUCUUUGGAUGAGAAAACUUGCACGGAAGCUAUGAAGCUAUUCAAAGAAACCAAAAACCUUUUAUCAUCAAAUAUUUCGAUUGGGAGUGGGACGCAGGAAGAAGCAGAGCGAUUUUGCUUUUCGUUUGUUUUGUAUUCACUGAAGCAGCUAAGUGAAAAGAGCGGAGAAAAUCUAAAGCAAGGGUCUGAUGAAAAUGGGUUUACAAUAUGCCAGAUAUUGAGAGCUACAAAGCUAAAUAUUGUGGAUUUCUUUAAAGAGCUGCCUCAGUUUGUGGUCAAAGCUGGUCCUGUUUUAAAUAUUAUGUAUGGUGAAGAUUGGGAGAGUAGACUUGAGGCAAAGGAGUUGCAGGCCAAUUUUGUGCACUUGAGCCUUCUAAGCAAGUCAUACAAGCGUGCAUUUCGGGAACUCUUCUUGACAAGUGAUGCAAAUAUUGACAAGGAGCAAAAUGCUACGAGUGCUCCUGAUUAUGUGUCGGAGUACCAUCGUUUGGGGUGGUUACUGUUUUUGGCUCUCCGUGUGCAUGCUUUCAGCCGUUUUAAAGACCUAGUGACUUGCGCAAAUGGUUUUGUUUCUGUUCUGGCUAUUCUGAUUAUACAUGUUCCUGUUCGCUUCAGAAACUUCAAGAUCAGUGACUCCCCACGCUUUGUUAAGAAAGGUGACAAAGGUGUUGACUUGCUUGCAUCACUUUGCAACAUGUAUGAUGCUUCAGAAGAUGAUUUGAGGAAAACAAUGGAGAUGGCCAACAAGUUAGUAGAAGAUAUAUUGAAAAAAAAGCCCUGUCCAGCAUCGGAGUGCAAAACUGAAACAUUGGAAAAUAUUGAUACGGAUGGCUUGAUCUAUUUUGAAGGUUUAAUGGAUGAACAAUCUCUUUCAUCCAGUUUGAAUGUUUUAGAAAAGGAUUAUGAUGAUGCAAUUCGUAAUAAAGGUGAAUUGGACGAGAGGGUGUUUAUAAAUGAGGAAGAUAGUUUUCUUGGUUCAGGUAGCUUGUCUGGAGGUGCUGGGAAUGUAACUAGCAUGAAGAGGAAAUUUGAUUCAAUAGCUUCACCAUCAAAGACAAUCUCAAGCCCACUGUCUCCACAUCGUUCUCCUGCAUCUCAUGGAAAUGGUGUCCUUGGACCGCCAAAUGCAAAGGUGGCAGCUACACCCGUCAGCACUGCAAUGACAACUGCAAAGUGGCUUCGUACUGUUAUUUGUCCACUUCCUUCGAAACCCUCUGCAGAGUUGCAGCGGUUUUUAUCAUCCUGUGAUAAAGAUGUUACCAAUGAUGUGAUACGUAGGGCACAUAUAAUAUUGGAGGCAAUAUUUCCAAGUAAUCAUGAGCGUGGUGUAACUGGAAGCCUUCAAGGUGCAAACCUGAUGGAUAAUAUAUGGAUGGAACAUCGAAGACUGGAAGCACUUAAGCUAUACUAUAGGGUUUUGGAAGCUAUGUGUACUGCAGAGGCCCAAAUAUUGCAUGCAACUAAUUUGACUUCCUUAUUAACUAAUGAGAGAUUUCACAGAUGUAUGCUUGCUUGUUCUGCCGAACUAGUGUUAGCAACACAUAAGACUGCCACAAUGUUGUUUCCUACAGUUCUGGACAGAACUGGUAUUACAGCCUUUGAUCUUAGCAAGGUGAUAGAGAGUUUCAUUAGACAUGAGGAUUCCCUACCAAGAGAAUUGAGGCGGCAUCUGAAUUCUCUUGAAGAGAGACUUUUGGAGAGUAUGGUUUGGGAUAAAGGUUCCUCAAUGUACAAUUCUUUGAUAGUUGCAAGACCUGCACUAGCUGCUGAAAUAGAUCGUCUUGGCUUAUUGGCAGAACCAAUGCCGUCUUUGGAUGCAAUUGCAAUGCAUAUCAACUUUUCUGGAGGCAUGCCUCCUUUGCCUUCUUUGCAGAAGCAUGAAACUUCACCUGGUCAAAAUGGGGAUGUCAGGUCUCCAAAGAGACUAUGCACAGACUACAGGAGUGUUUUGGUUGAACGGAACUCUUUUACAUCACCAGUGAAGGAUCGUCUAUUAGCAUUUAGCAACCUUAAGAAGGCUCCUUUGCAAUCUGCAUUUGCCAGUCCAACACGUCCUAACCCAGGUGGUGGAGGAGAAACAUGUGCGGAAACCGGAAUAAAUAUAUUUUUUAGCAAGAUUAAUAAGCUGGCUGCUGUCAGGAUUAAUGGUAUGGUUGAGAGGCUGCAACUGUCUCAACAGAUUAGGGAGAGUGUAUAUUGUCUUUUUCAACAAGUACUUAGCCAGCGGACAUCUCUGUUCUUUAACCGUCAUAUUGACCAGAUCAUCCUUUGUUGUUUCUAUGUAGUUGCAAAGAUUUCUCAGUUGCAGAGCUCUCUUACUUUUGGAGAAAUUAUUCGCAACUAUAAGAAGCAACCACAAUGUAAACCCCAAGUUUUCUGCAGCGUAUUUGUUGAUCGGUUAGCAGCCCAACGGAAUGGGAUAACCGGGCAGGACCAUGUUGAUAUUAUUACAUUUUACAAUAAAAUAUUUAUUCCUGCCAUAAAGCCUUUGCUGGUAGAAGUUGGUCUUACUGGAGCAAAUACAAGUACAAGCCAGGUUCCUGAAGCCAACAAUAGUAAUCAUGGUCCAUGCCCUGGAUCACCUAAAGUUGCUCCUUUUCCGAGUCUGCCCGAUAUGUCCCCGAAGAAAGUAUCUGCAACACACAACGUAUAUGUGUCUCCAUUGCGAACAUCCAAGAUGGAUGCUCUCAUCUCGCAUAGCUCAAGAAGCUAUUAUGCUUGUGUUGGAGAGAGUACCCGUGCGUUUCAAAGCCCUUCAAAGGACCUAACUGCCAUCAACAAUCACUUGAAUGGUAACCGGAAGAUCAGAGGCGCCCUCAACUUUGAUGAUGUCGAUGUUGGCUUGGUUAGUGAUUCUAUGGUUGCAAACAGCCUUCACCUUCAGAAUGGGAGCUGUGCAUCCUCAUCAGGGGCACCUUUAAAAUCUGAGCAACCUGAGUCUUAGUUCCAGCACCAUGUAUUUCCCUUGUAAAUUCUGCCUCUCUUGCCCAUUCUUCUUCUAUUCUACGUGAUGUAAGGCUUUUAUCACAUGGGGUAUUGUAUGAGCGGUGAGUUAUUGUAGAGGAUAGCCGCCACCUGCCCUAAGAGCUUUACCAAUGUUCGAUACACUACUUCUAAGCUUUUGGCCUAGCAAAUUUAAUAAAAUGAGCCCCAUCCUUUUUUAUUAUUA